ACACACAAAAAAGUGUCGGGCAAAUCUGCGGGAGCGCAGCCAAGUCCUCCCAGAUGUCAGUGACAACAACCGCAGCGAGGAAGCUCGUCUCACCGCUAACCUGAGCCAGCAAGACAUAUUUUACUUUAACUCAUUUUGUCUCCAAUCACAAUCACUUAAAUCCUCAUUUGUAGGAUUUAAGACACAAACAUAGAAAGGAACAAGCACCAUUUUAGUUUGAUUUAGAUGGCUGUGUGCAUAUUCACAAUUGUACCAUAAAGGAAUUAAUCUAUAUUAUAAAUACAUUUAUUGUUAAAUCUGACUGUGGUGGACACAGAAAGAGGUACAUUUUCUUUCUCAUGCCUGUUGGUACACGACGAGUUUGCUUCAAUGGAGACUUGCAGCUCUAAAAGGACAAAUUGUAGAGGCCGCCGUUACCUCAGCGUCACCUGGGAGAUAGCCUAGCCCAGCCCAGCUUAGCUCAGGUCAGCACAGCCCAGCUAGCUAGUCCCUGACCCUUCCUCCCCCCGCCCCAGCAAUCUUUCUUCUCCCACCACCCUCUUUCUUUCCAGUAACUUGUCCAAGUGAGUCGCCAUGGCAUCUGUGCGCUUCACUGUGACGCCCACCAAGGCGGAGGACCUCCCGGGGCUGUCCGACACAUCGCCCGACAUCAGCUCACGCUCCGGAGCCCGUGUGCGCUUCGGCUCCAGGGAGAGUGUUAACCGAAGUGACCCACUGAGCGAAGCAUCGGGAGGCUUGACGACCACCGCUACAGUGGCAGGAGGGGGUGCAGAAACGCCGGACCACAGCAACACAGAGCAAGGUGAUGGAAACUCCAAAGUGUCCAGCGUGUACAUCAACAACAGUCACGGGAUGGACGACGACGAUUUCUACGACAGGAACUUGGCCUUAUUUGAGGAGGAGAUGGACACUCGGCCAAAGGUGUCCUCUCUCCUCAAUCGUCUGGCAAACUACACCAACCUGACACAGGGGGCCAAGGAGCACGAGGAGGCCGAGAGCAUCGGUGAGAAGAAGAAACCCGGCAAGUCUCCACAGAUGGGGACGUUCAUGGGCGUGUACCUGCCGUGCCUCCAGAACAUCUUCGGCGUCAUCCUGUUCCUGCGUUUGACCUGGGUGGUGGGGAUGGCCGGCAUUCUGCAGGCGCUCUGUAUCGUCUUCUUAUGCUGCUGCUGCACGUUGUUGACAGCAAUAUCGAUGAGCGCAAUCGCCACAAACGGAGUUGUACCAGCGGGAGGCUCCUACUUCAUGAUCAGUCGCUCUCUGGGUCCAGAGUUUGGGGGGGCGGUGGGCCUCUGUUUCUACCUGGGCACCACCUUUGCUGGAGCCAUGUACAUCCUGGGAGCCAUCGAGAUCCUGCUGAUGUACAUCGCGCCCAAAGCGGCCAUUUUCCAGUCCGACACCCCGGAAGGUGAGGGGGCAGCCAUGUUGAACAACAUGCGCGUCUACGGCUCCAUCUGCCUCCUCCUCAUGUCGCUGCUGGUGUUUGUGGGCGUGAAGUAUGUCAACAAGCUGGCGUCCAUCUUCUUGGCCUGCGUCAUUGUCUCCAUCUUCUCCAUCUAUGUCGGAGCGCUGGUCUCCGCCUUCAAACCGCCACAGUUUUCCGUGUGCAUGCUGGGAAACCGGACGAUCAACGGUCAUGAGAUCGACGACAGCCAGUGUGCAAAAACCUUCCUGCUGCAGCUCCAAGAACCCGAGGAGAGCCACGGUGUCAAUGACACGGCCGUCAGCGAAAACACCACUGCAGGCCCGACCUUUGACCCCAGUUAUGCUCCUGCUCUGGUGGUGAAGACCACUUCUCUCUGGAAGCAUUUCUGCCAGGGCGUGGAGCUCAACUCCUCCUGUGACGAAUACUUCAUGUCCAACAACUUAACGGAGAUUGAGGGAAUCCCUGGUCUGGCCAGUGGGAUCAUUUCGGAGAACGUGUGGAGUUCCUACCUCAGCAAAGGGGACGUGGUGGAGAAAGGCUCCCUCAGCUCGUCUCAUUUUGCACAUCCAGCGUCCACGCGCCACCCUUACGUUUUUGCCGACAUCACCACCUCGUUCACGCUGCUGGUGGGCAUUUUCUUCCCCUCUGUCACAGGAAUAAUGGCUGGUUCAAAUCGGUCAGGUGAUCUGAAAGACGCCCAGCGCUCGAUCCCCAUCGGAACCAUCCUCGCCAUCCUCACCACGUCCAUCGUCUACCUGAGCAGCGUCAUUUUGUUCGGCGCCUGCAUCGACGGAGUCGUCCUCAGAGACAAAUUUGGUGACUCGGUCAAAGGAAACCUGGUGGUUGGAACUCUGGCGUGGCCGAGUCCCUGGGUCAUCGUCAUCGGCUCCUUCUUCUCCACAUGCGGCGCCGGCCUCCAGUCGCUGACCGGUGCGCCGCGGCUCCUGCAGGCCAUCGCCAAGGACAACAUCAUCCCCUUCCUGCGGGUCUUUGGCCACGGGAAGGCGAACGGCGAGCCCACCUGGGCGCUGCUGCUGACGGCCUUGAUCGCUGAGCUGGGGAUUCUCAUCGCCUCCCUGGACCUGGUGGCUCCCAUCCUGUCCAUGUUCUUUCUCAUGUGCUACCUGUUUGUGAAUCUGGCCUGUGCCCUCCAGACCCUCCUGAGGACGCCCAACUGGAGACCACGCUUUUCCUAUUACCACUGGGCUUUGUCAUUUUUGGGGAUGAUUAUCUGCCUGGCGCUGAUGUUCAUAUCAUCUUGGUACUAUGCGAUCGUUGCCAUGGUGAUCGCAGGCAUGAUCUACAAAUACAUUGAGUAUCACGGAGCGGAGAAAGAGUGGGGGGAUGGGAUCCGCGGUCUCUCACUCAGUGCUGCCCGUUACGCCCUCCUGAGGCUGGAAGAGGGACCACCGCACACCAAAAACUGGAGGCCUCAGCUGUUGGUGUUACUAAAACUGGACGAGGACGCCCACGUCAAGUCUCCUCGCCUGUUGACGUUUGCCAGUCAGCUGAAGGCAGGGAAGGGCCUCACCAUCGUCGGCACCGUCGUCUCCGGCAACUUCCUGCAGAGCUACGGGGAGGCGCUCGCUGCGGAACAGACUCUGAAGCACCUGAUGGAUAAGGAACGCGUGAAGGGCUUCUGUCAGUGCAUCGUAGCCCAGAAGCCUCGUGAAGGCAUCAGUCACAUGAUCCAGUCCAGCGGUCUGGGAGGAAUGAAGCACAACACGGUGGUGAUGGGUUGGCCUCACGCGUGGAGGCAGAGCGAAGACCCGCAGUCCUGGAAAACCUUCAUCAACACAGUGCGGGUGACCACGGCGGCACACCUGGCCCUGCUGGUGCCCAAAAACAUCUCCCUGUUCCCCAGCAACAGUGAACCGUGCACGGAGGGCUACAUCGACGUCUGGUGGAUCGUGCACGAUGGCGGGAUGUUGAUGCUGCUGCCCUUCCUCCUGCGCCAGCACAAGGUGUGGCGUAAAUGCGAGAUGCGAAUCUUCACCGUGGCUCAAAUGGAGGACAAUUCCAUCCAGAUGAAGAAGGACCUGGCAACCUUCCUCUAUCACCUGCGCAUCGAGGCUGACGUGGAAGUCGUCGAGAUGCACGACAGUGACAUCAGCGCUUACACGUACGAACGGACGCUGAUGAUGGAGCAGAGAUCGCAGAUGCUGCGACAGAUGAGACUCUCCAAAUCAGACCGGGAGCGAGAGAGGGUUCGCUGGAGUUUUGACGACGUGUAUCUGUCGCCUGGGUACAGGAGUGUGGGACUCUCCUCAAACAGCCGCACAGGAAACAGAGGCAGACAGGCCCAGCUGGUGAAGGACCGCAACUCCAUGCUGCGUCUGACCAGCAUCGGCUCGGACGACGAUGACGAAACAGACGGCCCGGAGCGAGACCGGCCGACAGGCGGUGGUGGUGGUGGUGGUGUUGGCGGUGGCGGCGGCGGUGGCGGCGGCAACUGCGAACACAACCGCCGUAUUCAGAUGACGUGGACGAAGGAGAGGACGUCGCAUUUCAGAGUGACGCAGUCUGGCUGCUCCACACCCGAGGGCUUCAGAGACAUGCUGAGCAUCCGACCGGAUCACUCCAACGUCCGGCGGAUGCACACGGCCGUCAAACUCAACGAGGUCAUUGUUAACAAAUCCCACGACGCCCGACUCGUCUUGCUGAACAUGCCAGGACCUCCCCGAAACACGGACGGAGACGAGAACUACAUGGAGUUCCUGGAAGUUUUAACAGAAGGACUGGAGCGAGUCCUGUUGGUCAGAGGCGGAGGAAGUGAGGUUAUCACCAUCUACUCCUGAUCAGACACCCGCCAAGCAUUACGGAAGCAGCCAAGUGGGAAGUGGGAGGGGCCUACCCACCUCUUUUCCUUUCAUUUUUCUUUUUAAAUACUUUUUUCCUGUCACGACAAAGGAUUUCCAUUCCACUUGUGUCGCUACAGGAAUGCUAACACAAUUCCAUGAAUGAGCAAAAAGGAAUAAAACAAAACUAUGUGUGUAAGUCGGAGAGAAGUCCGGGACCAGCCACGCGUUAAAGCAGUGAAUGAGACGGCGGGAGAGUGCGAUGAGGCCGCGGAGGGCGUGACAAGACUCAGGGUUGACUUUUGUACAGAUGUAUUUUGGAACCGUGCGAGUUUCAGCCUGAACGUCUGAUGCGAGCGUUUUUACGAUGUUUCCGUUCCUCCUGGAAGACCCAGAGAAGUUUAUUCCCGUAACUCAUACAUCAUGAAACUAAAGGAAAAGGAGGAGUCUGUAGUUUUAAACCUGAACCUUAAAAAAAAAAGCUGCAUAUAAAUACUGGAAAACCACCACAUCCACUGGUAUUUGCACAAACCUCAGUUUCCUGUUUGACACAGUGACGUUUAAUGUGGAACUUAAUUAUUUCUGAAUUUUUGCUUGUUUUUGGGGUGUGUGUGUGGGGGGGGCGGGUUCAAAACCUGCUGUGGAAAACAGUUUCUGCCAGGAAAGACUUCAAAAGUCACGCUACUCCAGAAAACUCCUGGAAUUUUACUUUCCAAGUGUAACUUGGUUUCCAAAAACUUUAAUUUGUUUGUUUUGACACAGAAUUACUGUUCCUCAAUUAAAGAAAGGCAAAAUCUGA